UGCACUGCUAGACUACUUGCCGUGUGUGUGUUAUGUUGUUGCACAUCGUUUGCCCGACAAUAUGGUUGCUCUUCCUUCAUCCAUCACACAACAACAAAGAGGAUUGAAUGAAUGUGUUGAUCUUCCUUGGACAUUAAAGGUCACCGUGUAAGAAUCCAAGCAUCUUUGAAUUAUACUUGAUAGGGUUGUAUUUUGACGAACCGCGUGCGAGUUGUCUUUACAGUAGCUUAUACGUAUGAGUAGGCUAAUUGACAGUACAUGUAUUAAUUAGAUAAUUACGGACUGUACACGCAGUGUACCAAAGCGAUCCUCUCUUAACAUGCUCUGAACAUACAUCAAGGGUGCUCUGAACAACUGGUCACUCCGUGUUUACAAAGGGGGAACAGAUGGAAGACCAUAGAGGAUCAGAGAACCAGAGUGACAAUCUGCUAAGAAAUUAUCAAACUUUGCAAUACCUGGAGAAAUCACGGGACGAAAUUUUAUGUCAAGUUCAUCUGAAGUUGGCAAAUGAGACCGAAAAAGAAAAAAAGGUACGAAGUGAGUCAUUCAGUGACGUAGACGUUCAAUCGGAUUUGAUGUUUGACCAGAUUAAGAAUGUUUUUGACAUCAUGUACAAGUUGGUAAAUGACAGGGAUCGUGAAUUACUGAAGGCAAGCGUCCAGAUAGUCGAUUCGGAGGAAAAAAGAGACAGUGAUUCUAUGGAGUGUUCAACGAGUGAACAUGAACUGUUUGUAAGUCCAAAACGACCAAAAAGAUGGCGACAGAAAUGCCUGGAUAUCAUCACAACCAAAAUUAUAGAACGAAUAAAGGUUGUGGCUCCUGAACCUCCAUCUACGUCGAUAAACAAUGAUUCUACGUGGUUUCUACGCCACCUCACAACGGCUAGAGAUAACAUUCAGAGAGACAUUGACCAUGCAAAGACUCUAAGCGUAUGUUUCAGUGAAGAGUGGAAUAUGUUGAAAACAUACGCAAGUACGUACUACGUCAACCUCAUGUCACAGAUGCAAGAAAGCUUUUCCUUCGACCUGAAUCACAAGGAGACAGUGGAAGUGUUGUCUUGGAUGAUAUUUUGCAGGGAUCGAGUGUUUAAAUGCCAGGAUGCAGAAUGCAAAGCUUGUCGUAUAAUUGGGGAUCUCCAAAACAAAUAUCUGAAAGAAAAAUGUGAGCACAUUCACAAAUGGAUGAAGAAUGCUCUAGAAAAGGACAUAAGUGACUGGUACAGUCAGGAGAAGUCAAGGGUAACAUCAGAUCGCAAGGAAGCUUACUUUACGGAGUUCCCGCUGCUCAUCUUAAAGAUACUAGAGGAAAAUGUGAAUCAAGCUAAAGAUAUAAGCCCAGAGUUGCACAAGAAUUUAUUGUCUUUAUGCUUCCAAGAAUUGGACAAGACCAUGGAAUCAUACGCCUACUAUGUCAAGAUAUACAUCAGUGGAGAAACGCCUAUCGCUGGAAAUUGGAGGAACUUUUCUAUAAGAGGAAGGAACAAGGAAAGAACAAGGAAAACACUUAAGGAGCCCAGACCAGCUUUCUUCGUGCAAUACUCGACUGCUCUGCUGAACAACUUUGACAAAAUAUCAAGAUGUCUCCAACAAAUGAAGAAGGAUAGUGAAGGAUUGUGCCAGCCGAGCAUGGACCAAGCAGAUGACAGUGGGAAUAAUAAUAACACUGGGUGGAGAGACGACUCCAUCGAGAAACUGCUCCAAAAGAUAAAAGAACAAACCCGUGAUUGCUCAUUGUUACUGAUACCGAGGAUUUGUGACGACAUGAGUGUCGAUCAGUCUACAGUACUGACGAGAAAUUGGUUAAUGGGAAACGAAAAGGAAUCUGUGGACACAAUCUGUGAUGUGAUUCGGUCAUACUUGAGUCAUCUUCGAGAACCAUUUUGUUCCGUAUUGGUGCCAGCCAUAGGCGAUGACGUAGUCUUUGGUUACAUGCGUGGAUUACUGGAGAGACGACUCAAAUGUGACGGUAAGGAGUCGGAUCGCCUGGCAGUAUGUGAUAAGUUGCACAGGGAAUGUGACCAACUUGGAGAGUUUCUUCAAGAGUUUGUUACAAAGGAACUUGAGGUCAGCACACGGUUCGAUGUUGUCAGGAAGAUGGCGGACGUGAUACAAGCUACCGAGGAGGAGACGAUUAUCACAAACAUGGUUGUUAUUUCCAGUAAAUAUCCAGACAUCAAGCAAUCACAUGCAAAACGGCUCCUGAAAGUCCGGGGUGGAUUGACAAAAACCCAGAUAAGUUCGAUUAUAUCUUCGUCACUUGAAAUGAAACGAAAGACACCCACAGAUGGGUUUGGAGAAAAGACGAUAUUCUCUAAACUGCCAACGAAAUAAGGUGAAUGUGACAACAUGACAGUAGCAGAACAUUUUGUGGUAAAACUAGAGGGUGACAAGUUAUUUUAAGUGAUACAUGCCGGUAUACUUAUUAAAUAACACACCUUUAGUCGUUAUUAUGCAAUUUUGUUAGUGUUUAUAUUUUGCAAUUUUUUAGUGAUAUUUAACUGAACUAACUUCAUAUUAAUUGUGAUGCGUCACCUGAGAGCGACAGGGAAGUGUCAAGUAAAAAUGCCUGUUUUAUUGUGACUAAGAUGAUUUGCCGCCUAUGAUUGUUUGGUAAUAUUAGUAAGUAAAGACAGGGCUGUAUUCAGUGACCGAUGUUUGUGAAUCUUAGAAAUAGUCACGUCUCUUUGAAACGACUGAUGUCUUUCAGAAAGUUUUGACUGCUGUAUUUCAAAUAUUUAUUUCUCUCACUUAACUGCACGACAACGGUUGUAAAACCAACGUUUAAGAAUAAUCAAUAUGCCACUGUCUAUUUUUUUUUAUAUUCGAGUGUUUUUUAUUAAUAAGAAACGUAAAUAAAGUUUGUAAAUAGUGCUUUAAUGGUUAAGUUAUAAAGCUUUAAGAGGUAUAUAAUGGCUACCAUAGUUACACCUUUUAAUAAAAAUAAGAAAAAUGUGGUGAACAAACUUGAAGUAGACAGGGUUUUACUAUUUGCUGAGACGGAAUUAGUCUGUUGUAAGGCCGUGUCCGAAAUGGCGACUAAGGCUACAGCUACGGCUAGAUCGCCCGCGUCUGCCUAUUCUUCAA